AUGGGUUUGGAAAAUGGUUCUUUGGUGACUGAAUUCAUCCUACAGGGAUUAACAAAUGACCCUGAUCUCCAGUUACUCCUGUUCUUACUCUUUCUGCUAAUAUAUACAACCACAGCACUGGGGAAUGCAGCUUUGAUCAGAUCUUGCUCUGAGGAUAACCAGCUUCUGAAACCAGUCUCAUUUGACAGAUUUAUCNNNAUCUGUAAUCCACUCUUGUAUAAUGUUACUAUGUCCCCCAAGGUAUGUUCCUAUCUUAUACUUGGUUCAUACAUAAUGGGAUUUUCUGGUGCCAUGAUCCACACUGGAUGCAUCCUAAGACUGACUUUCUGUGACAGGAACACCAUCAACCACUAUUUCUGUGACCUUUUCCCUUUGCUGCAGCUCUCCUGCACCAGCACUUACGUCAAUGAGAUAGAGAUUCUUAUUGUAGGUGGGAUAUAUAUCUUUGUGCCCACUGUCAUUAUCUUUACCUCUUAUGGCUUCAUCCUUUCUAACAUCCUUCAAAUGAGAUCCACUGCAGGCAUAGCCAAAGCCUUUAGCACAUGCAGCUCCCACAUUCUUGCUGUUUCUCUAUUCUUUGGAUCUUGUGCAUUUAUGUAUCUUCAACCCUCCUCACCUGGAUCUAUGGAUCAGGGAAAAAUAUCUUCUGUCUUUUAUACCAUUGUGGUUCCGAUGAUGAACCCCUUAAUUUAUAGCUUGAGAAACAAGGAUGUUAAAGUCGCCCUGAGAAAAACCUUUAGCAGGAGGAGGCUUUGA